CUACCAGCACAGGGCGCGCCCUUUGAAGGAAGAAGCUGUCGCCGCGGAGCCAUGGUGGGGCCGGGCCCAACUGCCAGCGCGGCCGCGGAAGAACGAUGGAGAAAACUCCAGGAGUACCUGGCAGCCAAGGGAAAGCUGAAGGACCCGAACACCAAGCCUUAUCUAAAAGCCAAGAAUAACUGCCCCAAACCACCAUCUUCCAAAUAUACUCCUGGACCAAAAAAAGAUGUUUCUAAUCAUGCUGCUUUGCCUGUCGAAACUACAAGACCCAUCACUAAACUCCAGACUAAACCAGCUAAUAUCACAAGGUCCCGGAAGCCAGAGUUGGAGCCACCAAAACUUGCAGGCAAAGGGCUCACUUCAAGAUGUUUUUCUUCUAACCCAGACUGUAAACAGUCCUGUAAGAGCCAGCAGCAGCACAGAGCUACAGUGUCCACUACAGGGCUGUCAAGAAAACCCAGGCAGUUCACUGGUACCCAAGAAUUGAAACCCCAAAAGCAACAGGAAACACAUCAAGGAAAUGCCGAAUGCACCGGUCCUGUGGCUAGGACCCAUGUCGACAACCAAUCUUUGAAGGGCUUUCUAGAUGACAUGAACAAAGAGAACUUGCCCCAAACCUUGCUAGAACCUAGAAAGCCAGAUCCUGACUCAUACCCCAUAAGUAAGCCAAACACUGGCUUCUAUAAUCAAACCCAGAGAAGUCUGGCUUCUAAACAAAUCUUGAGCAAAAGUUUGGUUAACCAUACUGUUCUGAAAGACAGAGCCAACAAACAGUUUGUUAGAAACACACAAGUCAGAGUUCAACCAGUGAAGUCCCAGCAUCUCUCUACAGAUGCAGAUUCUGCACGACCAAGAGAAAAACCCCCACGAACAGUUCCCUCUCACUUCAUUCCAGCCCAUAGUAAGAAUCAGACGUCAAAGAAACCAGUGGUCAAGGACACACAGGACAUAAAGAUUAACAGGGCUAAAUGUGGAAGACCAAAUGAAACUAAGGUACAGUCACACCCUGCUACUGAACAGAAAGAAAACCAUACUAAACCUGGUUCCCAGCCCAGCUUGCUUCAGGGAGGACAGAACAACAGACAUCUAACCAUCAAGCGGGAUCAAAAGACUGUGCAGCCUUGUCUUGGACCCCGGACAUCAUGCGUUCUGCAAAAGUCAAGAGCCAUAAGCCAGAGGCCUAAUUUGACAGCUGGCAACUUUAAUCCAGUCAUUCCAAGCACCCCUAGCAUAAGAGCAAAUAAAUGCAAUAAUAUCUUUCAACAAAAAGCACAGACUCUGGACUUCAAGUUCAAAAAGGUUCUUCCCCAGAGCCAGUUUCUGAACAAGACUGCUCCCAAAACAAAAGCUGGUACAGCAACCACAAGUAGGAAGGAGGCCCCAAGUGCUACCCAGACUCAUCCACGUGUUAAAAAGACAGAAGUAGAGGAUCGGAGGAAACAGCUGGAAGAAUGGCAGAAAUCUAAGGGGAAAACCUAUAAACGCCCUCCCAUGAAAUUGAAACCAAAAAGAAAAGUCAUAGAGGAAAUGAACAUUUCGUUCUGGAAGAGCAUUGAAAAAGAAGAAGAAGAAAAGAAAGCUCAGUUGGAGCUGUCCAGUAAAAUUAACAGCACUCUGACAGAGUGUCUGAGGCUCAUUGAGGAGGGUGUAUUUCCUAAUGAAAUAUUUACCAUUGUGUCCAGCAUUCCUGAGGCUGAAAAAUUUUCCAAGUUCUGGGUCUGCAAAGCAAAGUUACUGGCAAGCAGGGGUCCCUUUGAUGCUAUUGGACUGUACGAGGAGGCCAUUAGAAGAGGGGCCGCACCAAUGCAAGAACUACAGGAAGUUCUGAACAUUCUGCAGGAUCCAAGCAGAAGCUCGGAGGCAGUCACCUCUGACUCGUUAGCUCCCGGAACUAGUGUCACUUCUGUGGACGAGCUGGCCAAGAAGGAGGAAUCUGGGCAGUCAUGUCCUUCUCUAGCAGAAGGAGAGCAGGUUACGGCAGCUCCACCAAUAACCACGGCAGAAUGGGAUAACCCUGGGAUCAAACUGCAGAUCGCCCCUCUCCCUAGAAUAUGUGGUGUACCAGAAGUACAAGACAUGAAGCUUAUCACUCCCGUGAGGCGCUCGGCCAGGAUCGAGCGAGCAGUGGCCCGCUACCCAGAAAUGCUGCAGGAGCAUGACGUCGUCGUGGCUUCUCUUAACGAGCUACUGGAAGGGGACAAAACGGAGUACUUUGUCUUCCGGGAAAAUGAGGCCUUACCUGUGUCACUGGGCUUUGAAGUCCUUGAAUCAUGAUCUUUUGAUUUUUUGUUUGUUUGUUUUUGUUUAAAUGGGUUUAUUUCAGGGCUUGCAAGAGAUAAGAAAUGCCCUUGUCAAGAUGGCCUGAAAUAAAUGUCCACUGACAUGACAUGGCCCAGAAGAGAGACUUGUGGCUAAGGAAGUAAUGCAUUGUGUUUACUCUCAAAUUGUAUAUCCCACGCAGACUUUUGGUUCAUGUGCUUUGUUACAUACUUUGUGAUAGUUUUACAGCAUACAUAAGUUCAAAGUAUCAAUAUACUUUGCUGAUCUACUAGAAUUCUACUGUAGUUACUUUUCAUCCCAAAGGCUGAUGCUGUGGUCUGACUGACUUUCCUCUUAGCAUCCACUGUACCCAGGAGGGCAGGUUCCUAGGAUGGAAAGAUUUGGGUUUGAAACCAGCUUACCGGGUGGGAUGGUCAAACCCCACACAUCAGAGAAGAUUGGGCUAGCCAUGCCUGCACUCAGAUCCCAGAUGACAUUCGUGGAGGAUGACUCUUGUUCUCUCUGGGCAGGUGUCCUCUAGUGAAGCACAAUCCAGAGCUGGCAUGGCCACCCAGGUGUUUAUUAGGUACAAUCCUCAUUUUGCACUUGUUAUGCAGAAAUGCUUCAAGUAAAAGCAAAAGUGUGGGGACAGCACCUGCUGCGUCCAUUGUUUUCUCUUUCGGGGACUCGUAGCCUGAAGAGGCCGUGAGCCCUAGAGACUAUGGCUGUGGUUUUUCUUCCCCUUGGGUAACUGCUCUUGGUGAGGAAAACCAGAGUUGUUUUGUAAAUAUUCUGUAUAGAAAGCCUAGUCAGCACAUUUUAAAUUCAGCUUUGUUACUAUUAUUACUAAGUAAUAGCUAAAAUAAAAACCGUUGAAUAGUUGUUCA